CGUGCCCUAAACCCUAAAUCCGAACUGCGCCGUCCAUCGCUGUAGCAGCUUGAAACCCUCGGCUCCCUUCAAUCUCCUCCACUGCUGGAGACGGUAAAAGGAGUGAAAACCAAUAUACAUGAGUUGGAUAAGGUUGAUGCCUUGUGCGAACUGAUUGAUUGUUGCUGCUUCAAUCUUUGUGCACUCAGUGGAGCCUUUCAUCGAUUGGGAUAGAAGAGAGACCUGAAGGGAUGGAGUUUGGUGAGGGUUGCAGGGCACAUGCCCCUUCCCGGUUGGUGGCUUGGACCAGCAACAAUCGAAUAUCGGAGGAGGAGCUUAAGGAGCUCCAAAGUCGUUUCUCUGAGGUAGUGGAAAUUUCGCCGGAGAGAUUGAGGAGGGCUCGGAGCGCCUGGGCACCGACGUCAGUGAUGAUUCGGAGCUUGGGGAGGAGGGUGCCGGCGGACUGGGUGGCUCGGGAGCUGCGGGCUCAGGGAAAGUUGAGUUACGAUGUUGAGGUCUUCAUAAUGGCGGCAGGGUUUCUCACCGUUCGCUUUAGGAGCCAGGAGGAUCGGGAUGCUGCUCUUGAGAACGGGCCAUGGCUGGUUGCGGGUCAACUGCUGGCCAUGGAGCAGUGGAAAGCAAACUUUGUCCUUGGGGUCAACACAGUCAGUCGGACGGUGGUUUGGAUUCGGUUGCCUUGCUUGCCUUUGGAGUAUUGGGAGCGAGAGUCCAUACUUGACAUUGCGGCAGCAGCGGGCCGGCCGCUGGCCGUCGACUACUGCACCGCCCAACUCCAAAAGUUGGGAUAUGCUCGGGUGAAGGUUGAGAUCAACGCUAUUACCCUCCUCAAGCUAGGGACCUUUAUCCAAAGGGAGGAGCAGAGGUUUUGGCAGGCUUUUGUGUAUGAAAACUUACCGGCCUUCUGCUUCUCCUGUGCUCGGAUAGGCCACUUAGAGAGCAGCUGCCAAUUUGCGGUGGAGGGGCCAAUUGGAUAACCGGCCCAACCAGAGGAGGAGGGCGGAGGCGAAAUGGGUCGUGGGGAGGUGUUUGGCCCCUCUCUGGCCACCCGUCGCAUUCGCCACUUUAAAUCAAAGACGAGGAGGUAGCCCACUAUAAAGCAUCAAAUGCAAGAGCUAUCAACCAGCCCCACUUGAAAGUAGCCCAUUGGCCGAACCCAAGUUGAGGAAGUCAAGCACUACCUAUUAAUUAUUUAAAAAUCGGUAGCCAGGUUAUUAAUACUUUGUUUGCUCAUUUAGACCAUCUAAAUCGUUUUUGGGGAAUCAAUGUUGGUAAAUGCAGCUAACUGCCUAGGGGCAUAAUUUGGCUAGGCUGCCUAGGCCAAGCCUGCUUGAACCCUACUUUUAUGGGUUUGUUCUCCCAUUUUCUUUCCUUAGUUAUGCCCCUUGGGACUCAUGGGAGGGUAGUGAAGCUACCGCCAACAUGGUAAUAGAUGGUGGGAUGAUCAACGGUAGCCAACCUUGAUGAGUAGCAGUGGCAGCGACGGUGACCGGCACACCUCUUUUGAAUAUGGUUUUUCUUCGACUUUUUUCCUUCAAUUUUUCCUUUUAGUCUAGAUCUCUCGUUGUCUUUCCACUUCUUGCUAGGUGAUGGCUAAAUGUCUUUUUGAUUCUGAUAUCUAGACUUUUUAAGAGUGAAAAAUUGGCCUAUGAUCAUA